AUGGCGAAAUCGAGCGCAGACGACGAAGAGCUAAGGCGAGCGUGCGAGGCGGCAAUUGAAGGCACCAAGCAGAAGAUCGAAAUGUCGAUCAGAGUCGCCAAGAGCCGAGGGAUCUGGGGCAAAUCCGCCAAAUUAGGCCGUGGUCACAUGGCCAAACCUAGGGUCCUCGCCAUUUCCACAAAGCCGAAAGGUCCGCGGGUUAAAGCUUUUCUUCGUGUCUUGAAGUAUUCCAAUGGUGGAGUCCUUGAGCCUGCCAAAUUAUACAAGCUGAAGCAUCUUUCAAAGGUGGAGGUUGCAACUAAUGACCCUAGUGGAUGUUCCUUUAUGCUGGGAUUUGACAACCUUAGAAGCCAGAGUGUUGCCCCGCCUCAGUGGACCAUGCGUAACAUAGAUGACAGGAACCGUCUUCUACUUUGCAUAUUAAACAUCUGCAAAGAUGUAUUGGGUCGUCUUCCCAAAGUUCUUGGUAUAGAUGUUGUGGAGAUGGCUCUUUGGGCUAAGGAAAACACUCCCACAGUAACUAAGCAACAAAAUCUUCAAGAUGGGCCUGUUGCAGCUGCAGUGACGGAAAGGGACAUGAAAGUGACUGUUGAAAGAGAACUUGUGUCUCAAGCUGAGGAAGAGGAUAUGGAGGCUCUUUUAGGGACUUAUGUCAUGGGUAUAGGGGAAGCAGAGGCAUUUUCUGAGCGGCUGAAGCGAGAACUUCAAGCCUUGGAAGCAGCAAAUGUUCAUUCUAUUUUGGAAAGUGAGCCCUUGAUAGAUGAGGUACUGCACGGGCUUGAGGCAGCCACAAACUGUGUUGAGGAUAUGGAUGAAUGGUUAGGCAUUUUCAAUGUAAAACUUAGGCACAUGAGAGAGGAUAUUGAAUCGAUAGAGACUCGCAAUAACAAGCUGGAAAUGCAGUCUGUAAAUAAUAAAUCUUUAAUUGAAGGACUCGAUAAGCUCCUUGAAAGAUUGCGAAUUCCUUCUGAGUAUGCAGCAAGUCUAACAGGAGGUUCAUUUGAUGAGGCACGUAUGCUUCAAAAUAUUGAAGCAUGUGAGUGGUUAACUGGUGCCUUACGUGGUCUUGAAGUGCCUAACUUGGAUCCUAUCUAUGCAAACAUGCGAGCUGUUAGAGAGAAACGGGCAGAGCUUGACAAAUUGAAAACUACUUUUGUUCGAAGAGCAUCUGAGUUCUUGAGAAACUAUUUUGCUAGUUUGGUGGAUUUCAUGAUAAGUGACAAGAGCUACUUCUCUCAGCGGGGACAAUUGAAGAGGCCUGAUCAUGCUGAUCUGCGCUAUAAAUGCAGGACAUAUGCUCGCCUUUUGCAACAUUUAAAGGGUCUUGACAAAAAUUGCUUGGGUCCAUUGAGGAAAGCUUACUGUAGCUCCCUUAAUUUGCUUUUACGGCGGGAGGCGCGUGAGUUCGCAAAUGAGCUGCGUGCUAGUACCAAAGCUUCAAGAAAUCCAACUGUCUGGCUAGAAGGCUCCACAGGUUCCAGUCAAAGUGUGAACAACACAGACUCCUCUACAGUUUCAGAGGCCUAUGCCAAAAUGCUUACAAUAUUUAUCCCCCUUCUUGUAGAUGAGAGCUCCUUUUUUGCACAUUUCAUGUGCUUCGAAGUUCCUGCACUUGUUCCUCCUGGAGGUCUGGCCAAUGGCAACAAAACCACAUCAAAUGAUGAUGGUGCGAAUGAUGAUGAUUUGGGCAUCAUGGAUAUUGAUGAUAAUGAAAGCAAAUCUGGUAAAAACUCUAUGGAGCUGGAGGCACUAAAUGAAUCUCUUCAUGAUUUGCUUGAUGGAAUACAAUGUGUUGGCAGGCAAGACUGGCCUUAUCAGGGUGGAGAUCUCAAGUCCCUUUGAUGGAUUUCAAGAUCGAACUGAGAUCUCCUAUAUAGGAGGGGCUGCAAGAUGCAGUAUGCUGUAUAAUUAAAGCGAAAUGGAGAAAAAGAAGUGAUGGCUAAAACAAUUGAGUGGAGAUCCUUCCUACAUACAACUGCUAAAUUUUAAAAAAAUGAAGACUUCUAUGCUGUGGUUGAUUGGGCAUACAAAAUUGAUCCUUUGCGGUGCAUAUCAAUGCAUGGGAUUACGGAACGUUAUAUUU